AUGGUCGAACUACCCGAAUUUAAGACUGUUCCGCUGGAGGAGAUUCCUGUGCGCGUCGCCACGGCCCGCAAGGCGUUUAAUGAGAACAAGACCCGUGAUGUGGAGUUCCGUCUCGUCCAGCUGCGCAAGCUAUACUGGGCUGUUAAAGAUAAUGAGGAGGCCAUUAUGGAGGCCUGCACCCAGGACCUGAACAAGCCUCGGUUCGAAACCAACCUCGCAGAGAGCGGGUGGCUCCUGAACGACAUUGUCUUCACGACGCGCAACCUGCACGAAUGGGCCAAGGAUGAGAAGGCCAACGAUAUUGAUCUCGCCUUCAAGUUCAUGAAUCCCAAGAUCAGAAAGGAUCCCCUGGGUACCGUGCUGGUCAUUGGUGCCUUCAACUUCCCCUUCCAGUUGACCCUCGGCCCCGUCAUCGGUGCUAUCGCUGCCGGCAACACAGUGGUGAUCAAGCCCAGCGAAAAUGCCCCCCGCAGCGCGGCCGUCAUGCAGAAGAUCAUUGAGGAGAGCCUCGACCCCUCAUGUUACAUGGUCCUCCAGGGCGGCAUCCCCGAGACACAGGCCUUGCUUGCCGAACGGUGGGACAAGAUUUUCUUCACAGGCGGCGCCAACGUUGGACGCAUCAUCGCCAAGGCCGCUGCACCGAAUCUGACUCCCGUCGUGCUCGAGCUGGGUGGUAUCAACCCAGCCAUCGUGGCCAAGAGCGCGGACCCGCGUCUCGUCGCCCGCCGCUUGCUCUGGGGUAAGCUCCUCAACGCCGGCCAGAUCUGUACCUCGCAGAACUACCUGCUGGUCGAAAGAUCGCUUGUUCCGGCGGUCGUACAGGAGUUCAAGAACGCCUACAAGGAGUUCUACCCCAAUGGUUCCAAGGGCUCCUCUGAUUACGCGCGCAUCGUCAACUUGCCUGCCUUCAACCGCCUCAAGACCAUGCUUGAUAAUACUAAGGGCAAGAUCGUCAUGGGUGGCACUAUGGAUGAGAAGGAGCUCUUCAUCGAGCCGACCGUUGUCCUGGUCGACUCGGUUGAGGACUCCCUGUGCUCGCAGGAGAGCUUCGGUCCCUUCAUCCCCAUCUUGCCUGUGGAUAGCCUCGACGAAGGCAUCAGCGUGGCCAAUAGCGUCCAGAGCACACCGCUAGGUCUCUACCCCUUCGGUAACAAGGCUGAUGUCGAGAAGAUUAUUGCUUCAACCCGCUCCGGUGGCGUCUCCUGCAACGACGCCGCGCUCCACAUCCCAACUCUGCCCUUUGGCGGUGUCGGCGAGAGUGGCCACGGUGCCUACCGCGGCCGCGCCAGCUUUGACGUCUGGGUGCACCGUCGCACCAUCACCUCCAGCCCAAGCUGGCUGGAGGGCAUCCUGGCUAUCCGCUACCCCCCGUAUGCCGGAAAGAUCAGCACGUUCAAUGCUGCCAGCGCUCUGAGCCCCGACUUUGACCGCAGCGGCAAAAAGCUGGGUAUGGGCUUGCUGCGCUGCAUCUUCACUUUGGGUGGAGGUAGUGCGAAGGCUGGAGCCUUCAGGGCUACUGCUCUUGCUGCCAGUAAGUGA